GUGUGUUGGUGUACGAGUUUUUGACAAGUGUUGACAUUCCGACAAUUGAGCGAAUAAAAUAGAGUGUUUUCUUUUUCCUUGUUUGAAUGCCGAAUUUCAUCAACUUCGACCCGAUUUUCGUUUCAUAAUCAAGGCUUUGUUUGAUACAAAUUCAAUUUUCGAUUUGUGAGCGGAUUCCACUGGGCGUUUUCAAUAUGCCGAUGUCAUAUACUGAAGAAGGCGAACAACUCGCCGAUAAAUCACCUUGUGCAGAACUUCGGGCUAGCCUAAAAAUGUGCCUACUGGAAAGUGAUUGCUGUAAAAAGGAAAAGGUGUUGCCUCGCGAUUGCUUGAAACGAAAUGAUAGCACUGUGCCGGAAGAGUGCCAUGCAUUGAAAUACACAUUUUUCGAAUGCAAGCGAUCAAUCUUGGAUAUGCGAACGCGAUUCCGUGGCCGAAAGGGUGAAACCUAUAACUAGUUUAUUCAAUUUUAGACUUUUUUCCGUUGUAUAUUUCGUAGCUUAUUCAAAUAUUUAUAAUAAACAGAAGAAAAAAAAAACACGACUGAAACCAGAAGAGAAAGAAAAAAAGACCA